AUGUACUUCUUCAAUUCAGUCGACCGCAGCAAUCUCGGCAAUGCAAAGACAGAUGGCAUGGACAAAGAUCUGGGGUUCACUGGCGAGCAGUACAGCUUAUUGAUCCUUCUGUUUUACAUACCUAACGGGUUGUGCGACUUGCCGUUAAACAUGUUGACGAAGAAGUAUAGUGGAAAGGUCAUGCUUCCUUCUUUGAUGCUGUUCUGGGGUGCAAUGGCACUGCUACAAUGUGCGGCGACGAGCUUUGGCGGCAUGCUUCCAUUGAGAUUGCUCAUUGGAGCUUCUGAAGCAGGCUUCUUUGCGGGAGUGGUCUUUUACCUCACCCUUUUUUACACACGUGGUGAACUUGGAUUUCGCAUCUCGAUCUUUUUUGGAAGUGCGCUGCUUGCGGCGGCGUUCAGCGGGUUGAUCUCAUACGGAGUUUUCCAGAUCAAACAUUCCAUCCCUGGGUGGAAAUGGUUGUUCAUCAUCGAAGGCGCCAUGACCGUUAUCAUCGCCCUCCUCGCGUUCUUCUGGCUUCCAGCAAGCCCAGCGAGCGCUUGGUUUCUGAACGAAGCGGAAAGACAGCUUGCCCAACGCCGCACUCUCCGCGAUCUUUCAAGCACUGCGCACUCAGAAUUCAGCAUGAAGGACUGCUUUCGCACCUGGAAAGACAGGAAGUUCAUUGCUUGGUGUAUCAUCUCAUUCACCUACCCUGUCGCCUUCGCAACAACGUCGAACUUCCUCCCGCAGAUCGUCGCGCGCCUGGGCUAUAGCGUGGUCAAAACGAACCUCUGGACCGUGGCACCCAACGCUGUAGGUUUCGUAGUCCUGCUCGUGGUAACGUACAGCAGCGACUACUUUCGCGAGCGCACCUUCCACAUCAUCUUCUCGCUAUGUGUCUCGCUCGUCGGUCUGAUCAUUUUGGCGACAAUCGACGUUCUCGCGAACAAAGGCGUUGCUUAUUUCGCAUGCUUCAUGCUCUGCGCCGGGGCAUACAUCCCAUCGUGUCUCGUUCACAGCUGGCACAACAAUAACAACUUAUCUGAGUCUUCUCGCGCGGCGACGACAGGCUUGCUUGUCGGGCUUGGUAACCUCGGCGGUAUCGUAAGCGCAGCUACGUUCAGACAGGAAUAUGCUCCGAAGUAUGUGCCCACUCUGGCUGCCACGGCGGCGUGCAACGUCGUGUGUAUCGUGACGACUGCUGGCUUGGGCAUAUGGAUGAAGAUGGAGAAUCGGUCGCGGGAUAGAGAACAAGGCAUUAAGGUCAGGCCAGAGGAGGUACCGACGGAGAUGCUUGGUGAUGGAGAGAAAAGCGAGAUGUGGAGGUUCUUCACUUAG